CCAAUGGUCCCUAACACUGUUGAUGCAACUGCCAGUAUAUAAACAAGACAUUCCCUCACUUCAAAGCACCUUACAUCUGCAAGCGAAGAAGCUGUUUCUAUCAACUGAAAAGGAACUUAACAGAAACAUGAGGGUGGCAAUAUUCAUCUCGGUCAUGUUACUUGUGUGUUGUCUGUCCACUGACGCUUGGUGGGGAAGACGUAGCCGACGUUCACGCAGGACGGUUAACGCAGGCGUGAGGGUAAACAAUGGGCAACCAACGCUUGAAGGGAGUUGGACACAUCACGGAGAGAACUGGGAUGGCUCAGUGACAGGAAGUGUCGAUCGCUCAGGAAAUUGGCAAGUUGGAGCUAGUGCCACGUGGCAUUUAAAAAAAAGGAGUGUUGAAUUACAUGGCAACCGUUACAAUGUGACACUGCAAGUUGAUCCGUGUAAUUUCAAGUCAUAUGACGACGACAGGGACGGAAGAAUAAGUAAAGAGGAAUUCUACGCUGUAUUCGGGGAAAACGAAAAGACUGAUGCUCUAUUCGAUGACCUAGAUUAUCCAAUAGCUGAUGGCGUUAUAGAAAUUGAAGAAUUCUACGAACUGGCACCUGUGACAAUUACUGAAUGUGUGGACGUGGAUGAGGAGUAGAAACAUCUUCCAAAUGUGCGGACAAUUUGUGGUUUCUAAAUGAUGUAUAAUGAACAUUUUUUACGAUAUAAAAACAUGUAGAUAUACUCACAUUAUUUAAUUAGCGUAAGGUAUUUAGGUUUUGGUUUCUUAAACAAGAAUUACAUCUACAAAAUAUUAAUUUGCAUAGCGUUAGCGAAAGAUCACAACCACAAAUAUAAAAAUAGGUCCGCAUAGUUUGUGCGUUUAUGUUGAUUUGUUCCUAACCAAACAUUUGUAUUUUUCUUUCUGUCUAAUUUUUCAAUGUUUUGAAUCUAUCCUAUUAUCAUAAGACUUUUUUUUAACUCUUAGACAUAGCAUUUAUUUCAGCCAUCUUUACCAUGUAGGUAAUUCACUAUCAACAAAAACGUUAUCAAAACUACAUUUCGUUAUAAACUUUUUAUAAAAUAUGCUAAGGCUUUUAUGUGCAAAUGCGAUCUUAUCAAUUUGUCGUUAUGAAAUAUGAUACGUUUAUUUAUAGAUUUAUGAGUCUGUGCCUUCUUAAACAGUAAAUAUGGAUAAAACUGAGGCAAAGACAGUUAAGAAUAAAGGGAAAGUUACUGUAUUCAAGUGAAUCUGGGUAUCUUUUCGAGAAAACUCAAUUCAAUUUUAAAACGCGCAAAACUUCUCCGUAUGGCAAUUACUGCAUCUUGAAUACAUUUUUUUCUCUUUUUUUUCCCAUUCGACUAUUGUGAUAAGUUGUUUCAUUAGAAUUAAUUUAAUAUGUAUAACAAAAAGGCGAGCUACUUCAUAUCCGCAUCAAGUGCUCUUUAGAGACCAUGUAUAUGCAUUGUUCAAAGAAAUCCACCAUAUUAGUACUUCUUAACUUUAACUAAAACAAUUGUGUAAUAAAAUUCUAAAGAAA